UUUCCGUUUCCGGCCAGGCCUCGAGGAGAAGGCCUCAGUCUGGAGGCGCCUCCGAGCGGGAAGCACGCGCCCUCGGCAGCCAUCAUGGUGCUGCUCCACGUCCUCUUCGAGCACGCGGCCGGGUACGCCCUCUUCGCCCUCCGGCAGGUGGAGGAGAUCGCCCUCCUGCUCCCUCAGGUGGAGGAGAGUGUGCUGAACCUUGGCAAAUUCCUCACCCUUGUGAAGCUGGUGGCCUUCUCCCCGUUCAAGUCUGCCCAGAGUGCCUUGGAGAACAUCAAUGCCAUCUCAGAAGGAAUCCUGCACGAGGACCUCCGGCUCCUGCUGGAGACCAACCUGCCGGCCAAAAAGAAGAAGGUCCUUGUUGGGGUCAGCGAUGCCAAGAUUGGGGCCGCCAUCCAGGAGGAGCUGGGCUACCAAUGCCAGACCGGAGGGGUCGUGGCAGAGAUCGUUCGAGGCAUCCGGUUGCACUUCCACGGUUUGAUAAAGGGCCUGACGGCGCAGUCGGCCUCCAAGGCCCAGCUGGGGCUCGGGCACAGCUACUCUCGGGCCAAAGUGAAGUUUAACGUGAACCGAGUGGACAACAUGAUCAUCCAGUCCAUCAGCCUCUUGGACCAGUUGGACAAAGACAUCAACACCUUCUCCAUGCGGGUCAGAGAGUGGUACGGCUAUCAUUUCCCGGAGUUGAUCAAGAUUGUGAGCGACAACUAUACCUACUGCCGUCUUGCCAAACUCAUCCGGAACCGGAAGGAGCUGAGCGAGGAGAGCCUGGAGGCGCUGGAGGAGGUGGUGAUGGACAGCGCCAAGGCCCAGGCCAUCCUGGAGGCCUCCCGCUCCUCCAUGGGAAUGGACAUCUCCCCCAUCGACCUCAUCAACAUCGAGAGCUUCUCCAGCCGGGUGAUCUCCCUCUCGGAGUACCGCAAAGGCCUGCAAGAGUACCUGCGCUCCAAGAUGAGCCAGGUGGCCCCCAGCCUCUCGGCCCUGAUUGGAGAAGUGGUGGGCGCCCGCCUCAUCUCCCACGCCGGCAGCCUGACCAACCUGGCCAAGUACCCUGCUUCCACGGUGCAGAUUCUGGGCGCGGAGAAGGCCCUCUUCAGGGCAUUGAAGACCCGGGGCAACACUCCCAAGUACGGCCUGAUAUUUCACUCCACCUUCAUUGGCCGGGCGGCGGCCAAGAACAAGGGGCGCAUCUCUCGCUACCUGGCCAACAAGUGCACCAUCGCCUCCCGCGUCGACUGCUUCUCAGAGGUUCCAACCAGCGUCUUUGGGGAAAAGCUCCGAGAGCAAGUGGAGGAGCGUCUGGCUUUCUAUGAGACGGGGGAAGCCCCGCGCAAGAACCUGGAUGUCAUGAAGGAAGCCGUAGUGGAGGCGACGGAAGUCGUGGCCGAGAUCAAGAGGAAGAUGGAGAAGAAAGAGAAGAAGAGGAGGAAACGGGAAAAGAAGCGGCUGGAGGCUUUGGCCGCAGCUGCUGGAGAAGAGACUGAGAACUCGGUGAUGGAGGAGACCGCGGAGGAAAACGAGGCUGAGCCCAAAAAGAAGAAAAAGAGGAAGCACCAGGAGAUGGAAGACGCAGACUCGGAAGCAGCCGAGAACGGCCUGGAAGACGAAGAGGCCUCCCCCAGGAAAAAGAAAAACAAGAAGAAAGUGGCCGUAACGGAGAGCCCCCCACCCAAGGCGAAAAAGACAAAAAAGAAGAAGGCUAGAGAAGAGGAAGAGGAGGAUGACGAUGAUGAUGACUAGCACGCCAGGUUCUAGGAAAGAGUGGGCAUCUCUUUCUUAAAACACGACUUUUGGGGACAGGAGAGGGAGCCGUCCUUCUGUCUCUAGGCCGCUGAAUGUAUCCUGCCAACGCUGGGAAGCAAGUGGACAGAUGACCAGCUGGGGAGAGGGGCCUGGGGCAAGCUGGGCAGCCUGGAAGUCCUCUCAAGGAAGGGCUCUGGGCUCCAAGGCACUCCUGCAAGGAACGCUUAGCAUUACGAGAGCAGGGCCGCCCCACAAGCGCCUGUGCUGGCUGCGCAACAAGAGCGUCUCACAUUUUGCAGAGUUACGAUAACAAUAAAAUGUUUGGGCUUUUUUUU